CGAAUAACAGAGAGAGAGAGUCGUAGCAGCAGCAGCCAUGAAGUACAAUCCGCGCGUCUCAAGCUCCCGGCGCAAGUGCAGGAAGGCGCACUUCACCGCGCCGUCUAGCAUGCGCCGGGUGCUGAUGAGCGCACCCCUCUCCUCCGAUCUCCAGAACAAGUACACCGUCCGGUCCGUCCCUGUCCGUAAGGACGACGAGGUCCAGGUGGUCCGCGGGACAUACAAGGGCCGUGAGGGCAAGGUCGUCCAGGUAUACCGCCGCAAGUGGGUCAUCCACGUGGAGCGCAUCACACGCGAGAAGGUGAAUGGGUCCACCGUCAACGUCGGCAUCCAUCCGUCGAAGGUCAUCAUCGCAAAGCUCAAGCUCGACAAGGAUCGCAAGGCCCUCUUAGAUCGGAAGGCCAAGGGCCGUGCCGCCGAAAAGGCCAAGGGCAAAUUCACAGCCGAGGAGGUCUCCGCAGCUGAUGGAUCUGGCCUCUCCCUCCAAGAGGUCGAUUAGAUCGACGGUCAUAGCUGUGCUGAAGAUGGGCCAUGCCCCAACAAGCAUGAUGGGUGGAUAAUCAUACACACUGAUUGGACGGGUUUUGCUUAUUGAAUGUUGAUAUUUGGUUGGAUCUUGCGCCCAUUAAAAAUGUUUUUCAAUUCUUUGAAGGAUCAUACAAUUGGUGUGAUUUUUUUUUAUCCAUUCUAGGGCUAUGCAGGUUAAUGCUCUGGGUCUUGCAUAUUUGAGCC